AUGAAGGUUCCUGGAUGUCCACCAUCCGUCUGUCUUGCAAACGAGAGUCAGAGAAUCGUCAUCAGUGAUCUUAAGAUAUCCGGAAUGUUGGUCAACAACGAACCAGUUAAGCCAUUGUUCAUCUGGCGACCGACGGCAGCCCUGAGUCUAACAGCCGCGCAGUUCGCCGACGCCAUGACGGUGGCAUGGCAGGGCGCCCCAACCCGCGGGCGGCAACGCGGCGCCCGGGGCUGCGCGCACGCAGGCUGCCGCGCGAUACUCCUCUUCGGCGGGACGGCCGCAAUUGUUGACACGCCGUCGGUCGAUGCCGCCGAUGACCUUGAGAAGGUCGCGGAGUACGUCGUCGGGCGGCGCCGCGCGCGGACAGCAGAGCGCAGCGGCUGCAGCAUGGUGGUGACAGUCGGGAGGCAGGGUGUCCGAGCGAGAUCUGAACACGGCCGUCGCAGCGAAUAUGCUGCGGGUUCUCUGGACCAGGUUAACCCUGGGAAGACUUCAACGUGUACAUCACUACACUUCGACCAGCAGCUGAGCAGCCUGGUCGCCCCCGUCAUCGCUGCAUACACUACGACGUCGAAGACGCAGAGAGGCCGGGGAGCGCUGACCGAUCCCGACGACGACGCGCUAACGAUGAUCAUCGUCAGACUGCUGUCCCGCCCGACCUGCACUCUCUGCACGAGCGAACAGCCUUACCGCGUCUACGUGCGCGUGGACGACGGGCAGCGGCUGGACCUCGCCGGACUAGAGCGCGUGCUGCAGCGCGUGUGGAACCAGACGAACAGACGCGUGCUCAACUCGCUUCCCUGGACGGUGCGCGUCACCAACACCACGGGCGGCUACAUCGACCGAGACGCGAACGCCGUCGCCGCCGUGCGCUACGUCGUCGCGCUGCCCGCCGGCUACGACGCCACGACGACGCUAGCCGAGCCACGAUUCUCCACGCUCGCACGCCGCGCCGCCCCCGCCGGGUACUCGCUCGUGCGCGCCAACCAGAUCUACGCCGAGGAGUACCGCUUCAUGGCGACCGUACCGGGACGCGUCGCGGCGCCGCGUGCCGCGGAGGAGAUCGCAGCCGCCUGGACGGAGGUGCUGCGCGGUUCCCCAGGGGCGCCGGACAUCGUGCGCGUGUACGUGACGGACGUCGAGGUGGCACGCGGCGACACGAAGGUUACCUACUUUAUGUCGUUCGACGGUCGCAUCGUUCACCCCACCCAGGUGCUGCCGCGCGACUCCGCACUCUUCCUGGCGGUAAUCCGCCGGCUCGUGAUCGUGCGCAUCAUCAGUUACAAGACGGUGGUGGGCGAGCGGGGAGAGCCGGUGACCAUCGUCCGCUACGUCAUCGUCAACGCCGGUCCCGACGUGACACCGCCGAAACCCGAGGAGAUCACGAAGAUCGUUUACGUGACCUUGACGCCGACCCCGACCUUGACGCCGACCCCGACCCUGACCCCGCCGCCGACACCGACACCAACGCCGCCGUCCACGGUCGUGUGCGACGAGAAUAUGUGUAGCAAGGUGUACACUCUGUACGUGUCGGCCGAUUCCUCCCAGGUCGAGGUGCGUCCACAGGACUUUGAGAACCUGCUGUCGUCGGCGUGGCAACGCGAGAACGAGCGAUUCCUGCGCACGUUGCCCUGGGACCUGCGUCUGCUGAACGGCACGACCGGUUACAUCACGGCCGCGGGGCAGCCAGUCGUUGCGCUGCCCUAUCGCGUCACGCUGCCCUCCGGCUACAACGUCAUGACUGUGCUCGUCGAGCCGUCGUUUGAGCAGCUCGCACCGGCCGUCCGCGCGCUCGGCUACAUCCACUACCCGGCGCGCGGCGUCUACGGCGAUGCAUACCAUCUUCGCGACGUCAUUCCAGCGCGCGUCUCGCUCACCGACGCCGCGGGCCGGCUCGCCGACGCGUGGGCCGCCGUGCUGCGCGGACGAGAUGGUGCUGUCGUCAUCUACGUGAUCGACGCGGCAGCGACGCGCGGACAGACGACGACCGCGACCUACUUCCUGCUUGUCGGCGACGAGGUCGUCACCCCGGCAACGCUGAGCGCGGACGAUCGGCGGCGCGUGCGCGACAUCCUGAACGGAGUAGCGCCGCCAACGCGGACGCGGACGGUGCGCUACGAGAGCACGCUGCAGGUGGAUCAUCGCUACAGCGAGCAGAACGUGGACGAUACUCUACUGAGGCAGCUGCUGAAGAUGGCGUGGGAGGUGUCGAACCCGGAUAAUGAGUUUACGAUUGAGAACACAACGUAUACUCAGGGCAUACUCAACCAAGUGCAGAGAACUGUCAUCAGCUACGUUGCCGUGACAACGGUGGAGGAGGGUGAAGCCAUACAGCCACCCAGCACCGACUUACUCACCGAAAAACUCCUACCAGUCUUUGUGGCUCCAACUUUAGUUCCUGGCAGUCAGUUGCACGAUAUAUACGUGGCUCCUGGUGCGGCCGUACUGGAGUUCGACAAGGUUCGUGACAUCAUGAUGGAAGAGUGGGAGAGCAGGAAUAGCCCCAUUCUGUCGAACAUGUUCUGGGACUUGCAAGUUGCGGACGUCACGCGUAACUUCAUCUCGGACGACGGCCGGCCCGUGAUGCGCAUCAACUACCGGCUCAUGUUCCCGGCCACGCAGCCCGUUGAGCACAUCCUGCAGGAGCCGACGCAGCCCGCGCUCGCAAACCGCAUGUCCGAGCUGCGCUACACCCUUUACCCGGAGUCGCGAGUUUACGGCGACGACCACACGUUCGCCGACGACGUCUGCGGCGGGCUGAAUGUGCGCCGCGUGGCCGACCGGCUGGCGGGAGCGUGGGCGCGGGUGCUGCCGCGGACGCGCGUGCGCGUCUACGCUGUCGCCGCGACGCCCCUCAUUGAUCAACCACGUGGCGGCGUGCUCACGCGCGCCACCUACUUCCUGUCGGUUGACGGCGCGAUCGUGCACCCGUCGACGGUCACCGCGGGCGACCGACAUCGCGUCGGCGUUGAGCUCGCGUGCACGGACGCGGCGGCGACCAAUCACACGGUGACGAUCGACGGACGCCAGAGCUGGGAGACGCUUAACCAGACGGCGCUGCAGGUCGUCAUAGAGACGCUGUGGAGAGACUACAACCCAGGUUCCGUUGUCUACGUGUACGUUGGUGGCUACGAGGAGAAGCGUGACGAGAACGGACAGCCAACUACGCUCAUCUACUACACGGUUACAUCGAAUUCGACGAACAUACGGUCUCCUCCACCUGGUAGCGUCAGCACGGCCAUCACAGAUCAUAGCGGCAUCAUUACUGGCUCUCACAGGCUGUACGACAUCUACGUGACGGGCGUCGCCGGUCGCAUCCCGAUCACGCGCAUCGAGCGAGCGCUCAACCGCACCUGGCUGGAGAAGAAUCGCCGCACCCUCGCCGCCAACACGUGGCGCCUCACGAUCACCGACUGGGAUGCCGACUACAUCACGAUCAACGGCACGCAGGCGAUCCGAUUCGUCUACGCCGUCGCCGUCGUCGGCGACCCGGCGCUCGAACGGCAGCUCAUGGCGCCCUCUGAUGCCAGCUUCGCCGCUGCGUUGGCCGAGAUUGGAUUCGGGCACCCGCGCAGCAGCGACCUCUACGGGAAGGAAUACCAGAUGAUGCACGUCGUGAGCGGCGGCGGCGCGACGCUAGGGGGCGCCGCCGAGCGCAUCGCGGACGCGUGGUCGCGCGUGUACCGCAGCCGUGGCAGCAACGUGCGCGUGUACGCGACACGGCUGGAAGCGGCGCGAGACUGGAGCGGCCGCGCGGCGACGAAGGUGACGUACUACGUCGCGGUCGACGGCGUGAUGCUGCAGCCGGGCGCGGUGGCGCCGAUCGACCACACGCGCGUCCAGGAGGCACUAUUCAACCCAACGGCAACAACCACCGAUGAGAAGUUGUUCCUGAUUCGUGGCCGCUACGAUAGCGACACAAUCAACGUGACAGCAUUCCGUAUCGCUGUCGGUGAGGCGUGGGAGAUGGCAAACAAUGGCACCGUCGUGCUCGUCUACGUCAUCAAGUUCGACGACCACGUGACCGAGGAUGGCAUGCCGCUCACCGUGAUUCGCUACGUCGUCAACGUGACGCGUAACGGCGACGCGACGAGCGCCGGGUCGAUCGUUGAACCGUCAAAGGAGAAGCUGAGCGAGAUCCUUGGCCGCAUCAUCGCCUGCACGGACUGCAGGAGCUCGAAGGUCUACGAGGUGUUCGUAGCGACGAACCAGUCCGAGCUGAGCUUCACCGCGCUCGAGGAGGUUCUGCGACAGCUGUGGCUUGACAGCAACGUCGACAUCCUCAGCACGACCGUCUUCCGCGUCAACGUCGAGCGUCUCCGCCGCGGCCUCAUCACCGCCAACGGCACCGCCAUCCUCGGCAUCGACUACGUCCUCUGGGUCGCCAACGUCGACGACAUCGACGCGACGCUGACGCCGCCGCCGGACCGCGAGACCGCCAAGCGGCUGGACGAGAUCGAGCUGACGUGGUACCCGUACGACCUCGUCUACACCGAGCAGUACCAGUUCACGCACUUCGUGCUCGGCUCGCACGGCGUGCGCGCGUCGGCGGAUCGUGUCGCGCGCGCGUGGUCGGACGUGCUCGCGCGCCAGCCGCGGCCCGUCGCCGGCGCGGUGCGGGCGUACGCUGUCAGCGUGAUCCCGACAGCGGACGUGCGUGGCCAGGUGCUGACGAAGGUCGUCUACUACCUACAGCUGAGCAGCAACAUCACGCACCCGAACCAGAUGAGCGAGGCGCUGAAGAAGCAGGUUCAGGACGAGCUACUUAUUGAAAAGGUUCUGCCAGAGAAAUUAUAUGAACUGAAGGUGGUUGGUAGUCUGGAUGAGGCUGCUGUUAACUCUACCGAUGCUAUACUCGCAAGUGCCUGGCUGCAUGCAAAUCCAGGCGGUGAGGUUGACAUCGACGUGAAGUCGUACGAGUACCACAUGCUGGAGAAGGGUGGACGCGUGACCGUCAUCAAGUACGCUGUCAAGGUCGACUCGACGGGCACCAACGCUCAUCGCGUCGUCGACCCGAGCUCGUCGCUCGUCGACUUCGUCUUCGAAAGCGCCGGUUACAAGCUCUACGUUGGCAAGUCGUUCAAGCUGUACGAGUUGUUGCUAUUCGAGAACUAUGUGCCCACGUCCCUGCGAGGGCUCGGUGGAUACCUCACACAAGCCUGGGUGGACGCAAACCAGGGUUCGCUCCGCAACAGCGGCCUGUCAUGGGGUCUCUUCGUUCAGCGGGUCGGCUACGGAUAUCUGACGGACAAGGGCCUUCAAAGAGUGAUCAAGGUCGAAUACACAAUCACAAGCUUUGACACGAAUGAAGACCUCGUUAACAGGCAUCACAACUUCAACGAUGUGGUCGGUCUGCGGUCGCCAUCGAUCGGUGACUUCGAAGAGGCGCUGCAGCCGCUGACGAUGCUGCCGUGCGACUGUGAGGUGACGGGCGAGGCCGCGCCGCGUGCAGAGGCGUACCUAUUCACAACACCUGCCGUCACGAACGUCAGCCGCAACAUCGUCAUGCAGGAACUGCUCAAGUACUAUUACGGAACCGACGACGUGACUUCCACCGAGACGUCGACUGUGCCCUUCCUGGACACGACGACCGGUCAGGAAUGGACGCGACACGGAUACAUGACCACUGAGAGGGACAAUCCCAUCGAUCAAUACCCAACUAGCUGGAACUUCUGGCUGGCGCGACAUCUGCCAACAAUCUACAACGACCCAUCGCAGAUUGCAAAUGACACAGAUAACUUCAUCAACUUAGACAUCGCGUCUGUAGUCUACCUGAAUGGUUACUGGAGUUACGCACAGAAGCAGCGCAUUGAGGCUGCGAUCCGUGGCAUUGUGAUUAGAGUCGUGGACGAUGACACCAAGACGGUGACAGUGAACGUCAUCAGAACCGUCCCCUACCAGACCUCAAACGGUGACCCAAUCACAAAGGUCGUGUACGUGCCGAUAAUCGAUGGAAAGCCAGUGAGUGACCCUGGCAUACAGGAUGCAGUAGACAAGAUCAACAUCGACGGUCUAGUUGGGUGCAAUUGUUUCCCACUGAAGGUGAGGUCGCUGUACAUCGAGGGCGCGAUCACGGACCGCGAGUACUCCCGGCUCCGCUCCAGCAUCGAGCUCGCCUGGCAGGAGGCGAACGCCGCGCUCAACGUCGCCACCGUUGUCGGCGUGCGCAGCCGCGAGGUCGGACGCACGCAGACGGGCGCGCGAGUCACGCGGGUCGACUACGUCGUCGCGCUCAACGGCUCUGACCCGGAGCGCGUGCGGGGCGCCACCGAGCCGACGAUCUCGCUCUACGACCGCUACCUCGCGCCGCUGCGCGUCUGCGCGUGCGACUACGGACGCCCGUUCGCGAUCUACGCGACGUACGACGCCGGCGCCAACAUGACCGCCGGCGCCCUCGAGCGGGCGAUUAAGGAAGCGUGGGUUCGCGCGAACCCGACGGUGCCGCCGACGCGCUGGGACGUGCGCGUGACGGACGUGCGCCGCUCGUGGGUGACGACGGGCAACGCGACGGAGCCGGUCGCGCGCAUCGGAUACGUCGUGACGGUGCGCCGCGGAUACGAGUACCUCUGGUGGAGUCUCGUGCCGCCGUCCGAGCUUCUCCUGCGCGACCACCUGAGGGCGCUGCGUCUGCACCCGCUGCCGAAGGAGCGCGCUCAGAUGGCACUCUACGUGGACGUGCGCGGCGAGAUCGCUAUGAGCGAAGACCUGCGCACGCUCGCACAGGCGCUCCGCUCCGUCUGGAUCUUCUACGACCUCAACCUGGGGCAGUGCACGAAGCUGGGCACGUGCGAGUUUGAGGUGCGCGUGCUCGGGUCGGCGCGAUACGUCGGCCGGCACGGCGCGCCCGUCACCCGCGUCUACUACGCGCUGCGCCUCAACGACAACACGAUGACGUCGCUCGAGCGUCCCGGCACCGAGUACACGCUGCAGCUGCAGGAGUUCGCGACCAGCCUCGGCCUGCCUUACCAGCUCUACGUCGGCGACGACUCGCUGCCGUAUGCCGACCGCUUCACGACGGUCGUGCCCGCGCCGCCCGGCGCCAGCGCGUACAACGUCACCGAGUUCCGUCGCUACCUGGAGCGCGCGUGGCUGGCGCAGCGGCUGCCCGCGUGCCGCGACGCGCUCUCCAAGCGCUGCUUGAACUCGUCGCGCUGCGUCGCCGCCGACGCCGUGUGCGACGGCGUCCGCGACUGCGAGGACGGCAGCGACGAGGCGGUGUGCGCGCGUCCGUACGCGGCGCGCGUCAUCGCGACGACCCAGGAGCGCUGCGUCAACCGGCCCGAGUCUCUGCUGCGCGUGCACUACUUCCUGACGGACGGCGGCCGCCUUGUCGGGUCCGGCGACGUGCCGGCGCAAUCCAUCUUCGGCGCCGACGUCCUCUUCAACACGCUGUUCACGAGCGCGCACCGCAUGUCCCCCGUACAGUGCCUCCGCUCGACCGAACUUCGCGACGUCUACCUUCGCGCGCCGAUUUCCGCGUGGCGGCGCGACCGCGCGUUCCAGCGCCGCGCCGCGGACGCGCUCACCGACUACUGGACGCGGGUCGGCGGCCGGCCGGCGACGGUCACGCUAGAGGGCGCUGAGGAGUACGUCGGCGUCGGCGGGGAGCCGAUCACGCGGCUGUGGUACACGGUGCUGCUAGCCGGCCGCGACCCACGCGAGUUCGGCGCGCGGGAGCCGGCGACGAGCGAUCUGCUCGCGUCGCGCUUCUCGCUCCGCAACGUGUCACUGUGUGGCGCCUGCUACCCGCAGCAGGUGCUCUCCUUCUACUACUUCUCGCCGCAGCGCGAGGUCGACAGCGACGCGAUGGCGCGCGCCGUCCGGGAGGCGCUCCCGACGUCGCUGCUCCUCGAAGGACUCUCCGGCGAUCUGGACGUUGAGGUGGACGGGGUGGAGGAGGCGUUCCGGCCGGGGCUGAUGCGCGCCAAGUACAGAUUCCAGCUCGACGACACCGACCUGAACGGGUACGUGAUCACGAGCGACGUCGCGAGCGGACGCGUGUACAAGGACGUCAUGAGGAAUCGGCUGGGCAUCAACGUGUGCCCCACCGACGACCCCACGUGCCAGGACCACCAGCAGCUGUACAUCCCCGGUCCGCUGACCGCAGACGACUACGAGAACAUACGCGUCUCCAUCCGAGAUGCUUGGCACAACGCAAAUCAGGUGCUUAGGAACAUGACAACUGGCAAUAACUAUCGUACCAGGAAACAGCAGUUUGUCGUGACGCCAUUCUAUCCACCGAACGAGUUCUAUGUCGGUGACAACAAUGCGCCUGUGAUUGGUUACAAGUACAACAUUGUUGUCGACGGAGCUCAUCCAAACAAGGCUGGUGCUGGCAGGCCCACUGCAGAAACCUUCCAGGAAAUGCUAUUAGAAAAUGGGGUGGAGUACGGCAUGUAUUCAGGCCGUACCCUGAUACCACUAGACUACAGCUACAGCAAGGUCAUUCCAUACUACGUGGAGGAUAAGCAGGCAGCCAGGUUACACGAUGAGAGUGCGUCUGGGCUCGUGCGCAGCAUUUCCAGCACCGGUGCACUAGAAAACAUCAUGAACCAGAUGGGAGCUGGAACAUCAGAUCUUUCCCUGGACGUAUUGGAAUAUCAGGAGAACUAUGUUGAACACGGAACUGCAGAUAACCAAUUGAAUACGACAGUCGUUCCGUAUCUGGUCUAUCUUAAGAAUUGGUUAGUUGAUUCCAGAGAAGUAGCUCCAGAGUGGGAUCCGAAUUCACAGUCUGACCUUCAGACGGUGCUGCCUGUGCGCACACUGUACGUCUAUGGCAGUGUGGAACCUGAUGAGUACCUGGCUAUCAGCACAGCCUUGCAGCGCGCCAUUCAAACCCAGAUCAGCGUUCCCGUUAACGUGGAAAUUCUGAGACAGAAGGCGUAUGUCCGCAGGCAGUACUUUGAGGACGUCACCGGCAUCGAGUACGUCGUAACGACGCGCGGCGGCGAGCCGUUGUCCCGCAGCAGCCACUGGCCGCUGAAGGACGAGAUCCAGCCGUGGCCGCUGUCGUCCAUCGUCCAGCAGAACCUUGACAACCUGGUCAGGGACAAGCGGCUGUGCCACGCCUGCAAGGUCUCGCCGGUCUACCACUACUACACCAACUUCACGCAGCCGCUGGAGGGAGACCAGCUGUCGAGACCGCUCGGUGCCAUCCGUGAGGCGUGGGUGGAGAAGAAUCCAAGGGCAGAAUCGGGUGCAGAGCAGGACUUGUGGAGAGUCAAGCUACUCGGCAUUGACGACAACUUGUACAAUGACAAGGGCGACAAGAUACAGGCGGUGCGCUACACGAUCCUGAAGAGCACGACGGUGCCGUUCGGCUACGUUCUCGACGAGCCGUCGCAGCGCGAGCUCAACGCUCAGCUAGCCGCGAUGGGUCUUCACUCGUGCGAGUGUGAGCCGCGGCCGCCGUCCAGCGUGCGCAUGGUGAAGCUGACGCGGCCUGCGCCGGUCAGCAAGGUGUCCGUCAUCGUGCAGGAGGCGUGGGAGGCGAACAACAGAGACUUCAUUGAAGAAUGCAGGUGUAUAAUCAGAGUAAAGUCUGUCAAGGAAGAAGAGAAGGCCGGUGUGAAUGGCAUCGGUGUGACAGAGGUCUCAUACAUUGUGUUCGGUGGACCAACGCGAGUGCCUAAAGAAAAGGACAAUGGUAUCAAUGAAACAUACUUUGCCAAGAAGCUAACUGAAGACACUCAGAAUGCAAUCAACGUCUAUCCAUCUGACGUAGCAUUUAACUGGAAGGAUGCAUAUAUGGUCUUCGUGAGGGGAGAUGUUGGUAGCUCGGAGCGAGCCAGCAUAGAGGAGGCGUUGGAGAAUGCUUGGGCUGCUAGUCUGCCGGACGUGGAUCCGACUGACAUCGAUAUCGUACUGGCCAAGAUCGAUCCGUACAUUGUCACUGGCAACAAGAGUGCUCAUCUGACAGGAAUAUCAUACUUCACUAAAGUCAACGGUCGCCUGCUUGAUCCGCGCAUGCGCUUCGGACCGGUACAGAACCCCAACCUUGACAAUAGCCUGCGACCCUAUGGGCUAGCAUGUAACUGUGAGUUCAGGACCAAGGUGCAUCACAUAUUCCUCAAGGCGAAGCUGGCACCGUACGAGAAUGACAAGGUAGAGGAUGCACUGCAAGCAGCCUGGGAUACGCUCGGGCAAGGCUAUGCUGUGGACGUGCUGAACAUCGAAUCUCCGUAUGUGUUCCUGUCUGACCCACAUGACACCAAGUCCUGGGAUUAUGCUGUCAAGGUCAACUACAUUGUAACGUCAAACACACCAGAUGACAAAGAUAUCUCAUACUUGUUGCUUCCUGAAACAUUCCGUGAAACUCUGGCAAAGGAAGAGUAUAACCUGGAGCUGUGCGACUGCCAGCCUGUGAAGGCAUCCUAUCUGUACGUGCACGGGGACCUAGACACCAUCAACAACCGCACCAUCAAGUAUGGCAUUCAACAAGCUUGGCUGACGCUUAACAAUGAUGCUGCAUUUAACAGUGCCUGGAAUACACAAAUUGUCGCUGUGGAUGGCAAUUUAGUAACUAAAGGGCCUGAAUACUCGCCACUAGUACGAGUGACAGAGACAACAACACUCUAUGGAUCCAUGCCAGAGCCAUUCUUCCUAAAGGCACCUACACCGCAACAGAUUAAUAAGACGCUGCCCACAUUCAACAAGCUGUGUGGCUGCGUUCCUCGGCUCAAGGCUGUCAUGUACACUGACGAGAAGGAGACGGCCACCUCCUUGCAAGGGCAGUGGGCAGUGAGAAAUGCAGAGUACGUGCCUCCUGGUGGAAUUCUGGUCGAGGAUGUCCACUACGAUACUGAGAAAUACGUCACCAGAGACCGAGAUCCCGUCACGAUGAUAGACUACAAGGUGACAGUCAAUGAUAGCAUCGCGUCUCCUGCCAUCCUGCCUGAUCUAAAGCAGCCUCCAAGUCCCCUGCCGGAGACGGCCCUUGAGCUUGUCACAGCCGACGUUCUCAGAGCUGGCGGCGGCGGCAGCAAAUGGCGUUGGCUCAUUCCCGUGAUCAUCAUCUUGUCUCUUCUGCUCAUCAUACUCAUCCUGGCACUUGCUCUGUGCCUCUGGAAGAGGAGGACGUCGAAGAAAGAGAAGGUCGCCAGCCGGCCGUACAGCGCGAACACGCUCGGUCACGAGAACGCGAGCGAGUACAGUCACCGGCACGGCGGCGGAGGCGGAGGCGUAGGCGGGGGCGGCGGAGCGUACGGCAACGGCCAGGGCACCUACCAGACGGCGCAGAACUUUGACAACCGCGGCUAUGACAGCAGCCUCGAUCACCACCAGGGCAGCGUCUACAAUCACGAUGCCUACAGCGCCGCGUACCAGGGAGGCGGCGGCGGCGGCGGAGGCGGCGGCGGUGGCGCGUACGGAGGUGGGAGCGCCGGCUACAGCACUGCGGCAAUACACGCCGCGCCGGCCGCUGCAGGCGUCGCCCAAAGCGCCUACAGUGGCAGUCGUCAUCACGAAUCCAUGCAGCAUGGCGGCGCCGCUUCCGGAUCGGGUCACCACGCCGCUGGGGGAGAAGGCGGAAGGGGAGGACAGGGCGCCUCGAGUAGAGGUCUGAAUGCUUACGGUGGAGCGGGGCAGGUUCAGGAAACUAGUGCCUAUGCCAGGAGCAGCAAUGUCCAGGAGAGUCGUGGCAGUGGCGGGGCCCAGGAGGGUCGCGGAUACAGUGGCGGGGCCCAGGAGAGUCGCGGAUACAGUGGCGGGGCCCAGGAGAGUCACGGAUACAGUGGCGGGGCCCAGGAGAGUCACGGAUACAGUGGCGGGGCCCAGGAGAGUCGUGGAUACAGCGGCGGGGCCCAGGAGAGUCGUGGAUACAGCGGCGGGGCCCAGGAGAGUCGCGGAUACAGCGGCGGGGCCCAGGAGAGUCGCGGAUACAGUGGCGGGGCCGAGGAGAGUCGCGGAUACAGUGGCGGGGCCCAGGCCAGCGGGGGAUACGGUGGAGGCGCUCAGGAGAGUCGCGAUUACAAUGAGACCCAGACGCAGGAGAGCAAGUUCGAGGAAAGUCGCGAGUAUAGCAGUGGCGGGCAGGAUAGCCGCGGUCACGGAGCAGGCGGACAACAACAGAGUCGUGGAUAUAGUAGCAGUAGUCAGGCACUCGAAGACCGUGGGUACGGAGGAGCGGUAGCGCAGAGCAGUGGUGGUAGGCACAACCACGGUACGAUGAACAGCAUGGCCAGUAUCGGGGACCGCAACGUCAGCUACGACUACAUACAGGAGUCUACGUCGGUGGAGGUCACUGAGAGCAAGACCGUUGAAGAGUACCCACGCUGAGAUCCCUCAUUAUUGCAAGAACAACCAGAUGACCACUUGUUUCCGCUACUCCCGAUGCUAUCCUGAUUGCGUCCCUUCUGACCACGAAUAAUGUCAAGGUACUCGCUCUGUUCGCAUCAGCGGUGAAUAAUGACAAAUGUGUCAGAUUCCUGGUUUGGACAAAUUUGGUUCGCAUGUAUCCUGUUGGAAAAUUUACUGGUAGCCAACACCUAUGCAAAAACUCAACUGACCACAUUUCAAUUGUAAUGCAAUUGUGAUAUGCAUGUGCUAUAUUAGUCGUAAACAUAAGCGUUUUAGAGAAGGUGUAAGGGUGCUUGAGCAAAAAAGAUGUUGUGGACACAGCUCCAAUGUCUAUAAGUGUGGUUAUAGAUGCAUAUGACAAAUAUUAUUUUACACCUUUUUAAUACGGCAUGUAUUAGUUUUCCAUUGAACUGUCCAGACCACUGUCUCAACUUCGUGAUAGUUCUCUUAAUUAAAAUCUUGCAUCUGUUAUGGGCAGCCAUUUAGUUUCAUAGAGUUAGCUUGUCUGUGGAAAACCAUCAGAAUUUUGUAUGCCGAAAAGGAGUAAUUUCAUUGAAAAAAAAAACGAACAAGGAUAAUUUUAUACUAACAUUUGAGGACAAAAUGGUGCUCUCUAAAUUUGUUGCGAAUAAAAUCAAAUUUAUCUCAUAAACAUUUAUAGAGCCUUGUUUAAUUAUUGGCUCUGUAGAAUUAGAUAAUAAUGAACAUGUAGAAAGGUUGCUGAUAGCAGUUACUGUAUACUAGUCCUGUUUAUAAAAUACUCAAUACUACGUGUCACGAAGAGCGUAAGGAAAAUGUUUACAUGUGGGUAAGUUUUAUUAUGUAAAAAUGAUAUAAUUGCAACAUAUAUCUGCAGGAGAGGAGGCUAUUACUUAUUAACUAUUCAUUAUAAUGGUUCACAUUUAUACAGCAUGUUCGUGUAUUUAAUUUUGGCCAUAAACAUAGUAACAUGCGUAUAUGAUGUAUAGUAUCACAUGAAUGUUUGCGUAAUUUUCAACUUCAUGCAAUGUAUAGACGAUUCUUUCGUCUACAUGAUAUAGUAUAAUUUUACAUUUUUGGUGGUUUUACUAUGGGGUCGAGUAGUUUGUUAGAUGCAAUAAUCGAGUUGCUUUUUUCAUGCACCAAUUAUAUAUAAACAUGAAAUGCUUGUAAACUGUAUGUUAGUGUAAAAUAAAGUCCAUGACUUCUUAUUUUAUUACUAAA